GGGAGGAAGACUGUGGGCAGGCAACGACAACAGCCUGGCUGUCGGUGCAGUGAUCUGAGCGUGGAAUGAGGAACCGGAGCCCUGCUGCUGUGCAGGAUGAUUGAGGAGUGUGGGAGAAGAGGAAAGACUAUGGCCGAGAAGAGGCAGCUAUUUAUGGAUAUGAGAGCCCAAAAUUACGAUGUAAUCAGGCUUUCGACUUAUCGGACAGCAUGCAAGCUGCGAUUUGUGCAAAAACGAUGCAAUCUCCAUCUUGUUGAUAUAUGGAACUUAAUUGAAGCCUUUCGGGACAAUGGCCUCAACUCCUUGGACCAUAGCACAGAAAUUAAUGUAUCUCGGUUAGAGACCAUCAUUUCAUCAAUCUACUACCAGCUGAAUAAACGCCUUCCAACCACCCAUCAAAUCAGCGUGGAACAGUCUAUCAGCCUGCUCCUCAACUUUGUUAUAGCAGCAUACGACAGUGAGGGUCAUGGGAAGUUGACGGUAUUCUCAGUCAAAGCUAUGCUGGCGACAAUGUGUGGAGGAAAGAUCCUGGACAAACUACGGUAUACUUUCUCACAGAUAUCAGAUUCCAAUGGAAUAAUGAUGUAUAUAAAGUUUGACCAGUUUCUCCGAGAGGUGUUAAAGUUGCCCACGGCCGUGUUUGAGGGACCAUCGUUUGGUUACACGGAGCACUCAGUACGGACCUGCUUCCCACAACAGAAAUCACCGGCAAAGAAGUUGGGCCACGCAAUUAGCAAGUCCCUUGGAUGUGUUCCAAGUCGAGAACCACCUCAUCCUAUUUACCCGGAGAUGCCAGAGAAACCUCUCGAUUUGGCCCAUAUAGUCCCCCAACAACGAUCUUUGCCAAACAUGAAUGAUACAGUGGUGUCCCACUCAGUUUUGUCCUCUGGAGCACCUACUCCAACUAAAAGGUUACAGUACGGCAUGGAAACGGCCAAUCAGCUCGCUGAUGAGCACGAUCUGAUAGCAGUCUAUGUGAGCCGACUGCAGAAUGACACACGUGUCUUGGACAGUCCGAGCAGGCUGGAUGAAGAACACAGGCUGAUUGCUAGGUAUGCUGCCAGACUCGCUGCAGAAGCUGGAAACACACAGCGUUCAACAUCUGAAGUGGCUUUCAACUUUGAUGCCAACAAGCAGCAGCGGCAGUUAAUUGCAGAACUGGAAAAUAAAAACAGGCAAAGAAAAGACGAGCUGGAGCAGCGGAUGUCAGCCUUACAGGAGAGUCGUCGUGAGCUGAUGGUGCAGCUUGAAGGACUAAUGAAGCUGCUGAAGGCUCAAGCAGCUGGCUCUCCUCGUUCAUCGCCCAGCCAUAGUGCCAGUCGUCCCAUGCCAAUGCCAGUCAGGUCAACGUCUGCUUGUUCCACACCAACGCAUGGUCCUCAAGACUCUCUAUCCGGAGUUGGAGGGGAUGUGCAGGAAGCGUUUGCACAGGCAGACGAAGGGUGUGAGGAUGAGGAAGAAGCAGGGAAACUGCAGAAUGGAAAAGAAAGGAGUUAAAGCGGAAUAUGGAAGGUGUAAAAUAACUCAAGCACAGUGAUUAUACAAAGAAACCAAUCAUACUUGACUUUGUUCAUCCAUUUGAACCAUCCUUCUUUCAGCUGAAGACACCACUAUGUGAAUGUAAAAGACAACAAAAACUGAAACAGCCUUUUUCUGAAAAAUAAAUAUUUUUGCUGUGCUCAUUGAAGGGCUUAGGCACAGUAACACACUCAUACUUAUUUCUUGACUCAUGCAUGCUUUAUUUUCCAUCUUGAGCCAAUUCUUCCUGUUUUCAUUAUUACAAAUUUGUUGUAAGACUUGUGAUUUUUUUUGUUAUGUAUAAAGAUGAAAGCCUUGCCAACAAACUGUUGGCACCUUAAGUAAAUUAACUGAAACCGUGGGAUGACAUUGCAGUUUUGCUGCUAUAUUUUUCAUAUCUGUCCUCUGACAAUUUAUACUUUGAAUUUGCCCUUUAACGCUUGGUGUGCGAGAUGGGUAAUUUUUAUUUUAAUUUGAAAAUGGUUGAGGACAUAUAUUAAGGGAACUGUUUUCACCAUAACCCAAGCCAACUGGCAAUGUUAAUUUCCUCAGUAGUGUUGCCCUUUCCAUCUCAUAAUUUUGAAAUUUUGAAUUCAAAUUCAUUUAUAUGAAAAAGCAUCUUCCAUUCAUGGCUUACUUCAUCACUUGCUGAAGGUCAGUCCUCAGCCUGAACAUUCUGGAAUUCAGUUGUUUCUGUGCUCAGAGACUGAGAAUGGAGGAUACAGAGAAUACAAAAAUCCUAAAAUUGUCCAUUGUUCAGGACGAAUUCUUUGUAAUUGUGUAAACUAAAUAGAGUGAAUUGGACCUUUAGCCAGGUAAAAUUAAAACUCAAAUUACAUCUGGAACAGAACAGUUACUAAAAUGUGGUAAAACAUUCAAAGGUUGUGUUAUGCAGCAAGCAUGGUGAAAGAAAACCUGAAAAUAGAUUGCAAAUUAUGAAAUUCUCUUGAAGAUUACAAACAAAUGUGAAAAUUCCACUUGGAACAUCCAGUCCACUCCCAUAGACAGUGUAUGAUCCUCUUUAUAAAUACUCUGAAAACCUACUAUAAUCCAUAAAAACCUAAGAAUUAAGAACAGAGGACUUGGUUGGUCAGUCAGUAUGAUCAUGGCUGAUCUCAGAUUUGAGCUCCAUUUUCCUGCUCUCUGCCCAUAUCCCUUGCAUUCCGGAAAAACCAAAAACCUGUCGAGCCAGCCUUAAGUAUCCACAACCAACAAAGGUAGAACAUUUCAAAGAUUCACCAACCUUUUCCAUAAGAAAUUUCUCCUCAUAUCAGUCUGAAAUGAACUGCCCCUUAUCCUGAAACAGUGCCCCCUAGUUCUAUGCUCCCAGGCAAGGAAACACUAUUUCAGUAUCUACCUAUCAAGCUCUUUAAUAAUCUUGAAUGUUACAAUGAGAUCAACUCUUACUCUUCUAAAAUCCAGAGAAUAUAUGUAGAAUUUACUCAGCCACUCAGUUUAAGACAAAUCAUUCAUUCCAGGGACCAAAAUUUCCUGCACUGUCUCCAUUGUAAAUAUAUCCAUCUUUAAAUAAGGAAACCAAAAUUGCAACAGUAUUUCAGGUGUCGUGUCCCCAAAACGCUGCACAGUUUAUUCUUGUCCUCCCAAACUCUUACAUUAAAGGUCAACAUGCUGUUUGCUUGCUGUAUUCCCAUGUGAAAUGGGUUCCUUAUACAAGUGUAUCCAUUUCUCUAGACAUCGAUGUUUAUAAAUUUCAUACAUGUUUUAAAAAAUAGUUGCAUUUCCAGUCUUCUGGCAUAACUGCAUAAGUUCACAUUUCCUCACAUUAUACUCCAUUGGCCAUUUUAUUGCCCACUCACUUAACCUGUCUAUAUCCAUUUGCCACCCCAUUGUGUCCUCCUCAUAACCUAUGUUCUCACCUAGCUCUGUACUAUUAACCAACCUGGAUACACAACUUUGUCUCCUUGUCUAUGUCAUUGAUGUAAAGUGUACAUAACUGAGACCCUAGCAAUCCAGUAGUCAACUUGAAAAUGCCACAUUUAUCCCGCUCUUUGUUUCAAUUUCUUAAAACUGACUUGACCCUUUUUUUAAAAAUCAUAUUGUGCUUUCUAAAUACAUUGUUAAGACUUCCCAAUAAUAGAUUCCAGCGCUUUUCCAGUGAUUGAUGACAAGGAGCUCCCUGUUUUCGCGCUCCCUCCUUUCCUCAAACUUAAUGUCACAUUUGCUAUUUACAAUCUACUGGAAACAUUCUGGAAUCAAGGGGAAUUUUGAAAAUCACUGCCAAUACAUCAACUAUCACUACAGCUCUCUGUUUUAGAUCAUGUUGCAGUUUUGCCUCAAAUAUCCAAUCAGAUAGUUGAAUUUCUUGAUUUUCCCAUUCUGAUUUUACCUGUGCUACCUCUCCAUCAUGAUUCCUGACUGCAAUUUGCCUCUGUGUCUUUCUUCAAUGUCCAGUUGUGGAUGAAUACCAAUUUGAACACAAACAUAAAGGCUAUCAUUCACUAUUUACCAUCCAUUCCGUCCCAUUCCUAGCCAUUUUUUCAGAGUAAACCCUGAACCAACAUUUCAAUUCAUAUGCUCUCCAUCACAAAUCACCUGCUUGUUCCCUUCCUGAGCCCAUUUGCUACUUUAAUCCUUGCUCAUGCCUUUGCCUCCUCCAGACUUUAAUGUGCAAACUUCCCCCGGCCAGCCUUCCAGCUUGUGUCCUCUGUGAACCUCAGCUGUUUCAAAAUUCUGUUUUCCAAAUUCCAUUUCACCCAACUAUCCCUAUUCUUGUUAACCUAUUGACUUGUAGUGGUCAGUGUACCAAAUGUGAUUAAUUUAAAUUUUCCUCUUUAAAUUCCUCCAUUUUCUCUCAACUCCCUAUAACUGUCGUGUCCUUCUAACCUCACUCCACUAGCUCCCAUACCCUGAGAACUCUCUUCUGACUCUGCCAUUUUAUGAAUCUUUCCCUCUAUUAAGUCCAUUGUUGAGGGACUUUCCUUAAAUCAUCAAGGCCCAUGCUUUGAAAUUCCCUUCCUAUAACUUCCUUUAAGAUUACGUUAAAGCCCAAUGCUGUGACCAAGCUUUUAGGCAUGUCAUCUUCAUACCAUAUUUUCUGUAUUUUCUUGUCCAAUUAAGAAUUAAAAGUCUAACGAUGGCCAUGAAACCAUUGUUGAUUGUGUGGGGGGGAAAGACCCAUC